UAGUUCUGGGUAACCCACUAGUACAAGCAUACUCUCAACUGUAUAUGCAUCAAUCCUGCCUUCCCUCACGAGAAGAGAAAAAAAUCUUAAGAUUGAAUCAAUUAAGUGAUGAAUUGUUUAGGCGGACUUCUUAUUUAACCCACUGCUUUUUAUCAGAAAUUCCACUCCUCUUUAAUCUAACUUAUAUAAUAAUAAUAUCGUUUGUAAAAAAAAAAAUUUAAAAAAAAAACCUUUUCAAAGCAAAGCAAGGGAACAGUGCAGGGGCCAAGGGGACAAAAGCGAAGUGUGAAGCCCAACCGAUCCGACUAACAACAAGCACUUCCUUCUCCCUCUCGCUUCUGUAAUUAGUGUUUCAGUUCUUAAUAUGGAUGCGGAUGCUGCAAAAACCGCACGGGAAUCUCUUGACCUAGCAUUUCAGAUGUCCAACAUUCUUGACACAAGGCUGGACCGUCACACCCUCUCCAUCCUCAUUGCAUUAUGUGAUUUGGGUCUCAACCCUGAGGCAUUGGCUGCCGUUGUUAAGGAACUUCGAAGAGAACCCGUUCCACUUCCGCCAUCAGAUGCUGCUCGUCCUGUACUAUGAACUGGUUUUUGUAUUCUUGAUUUCUCUGGAACAUAAACAAUUGCGUACUUGUAGUAUAUAUUCAAAGUGAAUCCCAUUUUCUAAGUUCGGGGGUUGUGAUUACAUCCCUUUAGUUGCCUUCA